CCUACUCUCGUUAACACGUAAACAAAAAAAUUGACACGGUUUACGUGACUUCACUUAUAAAAAUCUAAUCUAAUUCUUAGAAAACGUCCUCGGUCACCUUCCCUCACUCUCAUUUUCCUAUUGACCACAAUUGGUUUCAGCUGUUUUUCCCCUUAUCAACCGUUUUCCGAUAACGUUUUUUUAAAAUGGCUCAACAAGAGUAUAAGCUUCUCGGUGAUAAGUUGUUUACGUAUAAAGGCCAGGUGUUUCCCGUGGCUGACACGCAUGAAUUAACCACGGAAUAUAUCGACAGCUUGGAACACUUUGAGAUCAAGGACAGUGAUGUUUUCCUUGUCACUUUCCCCAAAUCAGGUACAGUAUGGACCCAGCGUAUCAUCACCCUGUUGUUUGAGGAUGAUUUCCCAGAGGAGGCUAACCAGACCACCUUUGUGAGGAUGCCCUGGCUGGAGAUCCUGGAGAAGGGGAAGACCUACACUGAGAGACCCUCUCCACGCCUCUUCUGCUCCCAUCUACACCAGGAACUUAUGCCCAAGGGCCUGCAGAAGACGAGGGCCAAAGUAAUCUAUGUGACCAGGAACCCUAAAGACAUCCUGGUGUCCUACUUCCACUUCUCUAAAUUCAUGAAGAAUCUGGACAGUCCAGAAGACUAUGACGAGAUGCUGGACAAGUUCUUCUGUGGAUGGAUGCUUGGUGGCUGCUGGUUUGACCAUGUCAGAGGAUGGUACAACAACCAGGACAAAUACAACAUCCUGUUCCUCAGCUAUGAAGAGAUGAUCAAGGACCUGAGAUCGGUGGUAGAGCGUCUGGCUGAGUUUGUUGGGAAGAGCCUAUCUGAUGCAGCUAUAGACAGCAUAGUGGAGAAAGUCACCUUCAAUAACAUGAAGAAAGAUGACAAGGCCAACUAUGAGUUCUUGCCUGAGAUCGUCAAUGACAAGAAGAAGGGGAAGUUCCUACGCAAAGGUACCAUAGGAGACUGGAAGAACUCGUUGACGGUGGCUCAGAGUGAACACUUUGACCAGAUCUAUCAGGAGAGGAUGAAGGACCUGUCUCUCACCUUCGUCUGGGACAUCACAGAGCUUCACGGCUGAUACAGACACACAGUGGUGGUUCUAGUUUUUAUUUUUUGAUUUGACCUUUAUUUGACUUAUUUUACUAGGCAAGUCAGUUAAGAACACAUUCUUAUUUUCAAUGUUUGUACGGCUCCUUGGGCUAACUGUCCCUUCAGCAUCAUUCAGCACUAAAUAAAUCAUUACAACAUAUAAAAAUACUCAAAUAAGACUCAUAAAUAUCAAAAAGAAGUAACAAAGACAAAUAUAAAAAAAUUGUGGAAUAUAAAUACAAUUAAAAAGAGAAUUGAAUUAUUAGCCCGUUGCUAACAAAAACACACAAAUAAAACUCAAUUGCACAAAUCCUAUAUUACACAAAUAGAAUAACACAUGUAUAAAGAAGAGAACCUGAUUAUUACACUACUGAACUUCAAACAAGAAACACACAACUAAAUUGCACAACUAAUUGCAUUAGUACUGUACUAAAUUAGAGGUGCGCUAUUUGAUAGAUUCCUCCCUCUGGCUUCCAGUGGGGAGACCUGAGGUCAACCUACCCCCGCCCCCCUCCCCAUCUCGUACUUCUGAGUGGGAGGCCUGCCUAGCUCACAAACUAGAAUCAGGGUGCCCACUCCGACAAGGUUCAUUUACCCACAGUCCCACACGGUGACAUGAUAUCAUUGAUGUAAUGAGCAAAUGAGCGAUGGAAAACCGAUCAUGUCACCAUUCAGAAUAUUAUUAUUAUUUUUAUUUUGUGUGGGUGCCCCAUGCUGCCCCCGGCAAGAUGCCACCCUGGGCGGCUGCCCAUGUCACCUAUGCCUAAAUCCUCCACUGCAUAAACAAUACUUUCACUCACUCACACACACACACAAAUACAUACUCUCUCUCGCUCUCUCUCACACACACCUUAAAUAUUAUUUCCAUGAACUGUUAAAUUUAGUUCCACAAAUAUCCUACUCUUUUAAUAAUGUGAAUAAAAAUGAAAUAUAUUCAUUUAAUUAAAAGACUCAUGCAAAUAUAAUCGGUAUAAUAUACUUCAUUACAUUAAAAUGGAAUAUUGUAGUAA